UAAAAUUUCCGCUUUGAACUUAUUAGACGUACGUUUUUAACCGAUUUUAGAAUAAAAUGGCUUCAUUCUUGGCACGAACGGGAGGUCCCCUUCUGGAAACAGUUAGGCCAGCGGCCGUUAAAAAGAUUCUUGGCCUGGCUCCUGUUGCCGUCCAGCAGUUGAGGAACCUCAAUGUCCAGGAGCAUGUUUCCUAUAGUCUCCUCAACGAGAGCAAAAUCCCAACACCUCGUUUCGCUGUUGCCAAGAACGGAAAGGAGGCCAACGACAUUGCCACCAAGCUGAAGACGGACAAUCUGGUGCUGAAGGCCCAGGUUCUGGCCGGAGGACGAGGCAAGGGAACCUUCAAGAAUGGCCUGAAGGGAGGUGUUCGCGUGGUCUACGACCCCCAAACCGCUGAGGAGAUUUCCGCAAAGAUGAUCGAUCAACUUCUAGUCACCAAGCAAACCGGAGCAGCUGGUCGCAUCUGCAAGAAGGUGAUGGUAGCCGAAAGGAAAUUCCCCCGCCGUGAGUUCUACUUCGCCGUGAUGAUGGAGCGUGCCUUUAACGGUCCCGUCUUGAUUGCCUCCAAGGAGGGUGGCGUUGACAUUGAGGAGGUGGCUGCCAGCAGUCCCGAUGCCAUUCUGUACGAACCCAUCGAUAUUGGCACUGGUUUGACCUGCGAACAGGCCCAGAAGAUCAUUAAGAAAGUUGGUCUGGGCGGUGAUGGUGAGGACACCCACGUCCAGAUGUUGAUGAACCUGUACGAUCUGUUCGUCAAGAAGGACGCACUCUUGGUUGAGAUCAACCCGUAUGCCGAGGAUGCCAUGAGUGGCUGCUAUUUCGCAUUGGACGCCAAGCUGCGCUUCGACGACAAUGCUGAGUUCCGCCAGAAGGAGCUGUUCGCUCUGCGUGAUUGGACCCAAGAGGAUCCAAAGGAAGUUGAGGCUGCCAAAUACAACCUGAACUACAUUGCCCUGGAUGGCACUAUUGGUUGCAUGGUGAAUGGCGCCGGUCUGGCCAUGGCCACCAUGGAUAUUAUUAAGCUGUACGGCGGCGAGCCAGCCAAUUUCCUGGAUGUGGGUGGUGGUGCCACUGCCGAGGCUGUCAAGGCCGCCUUCAAGAUCAUCACCUCCGACCCGAAGGUGCUCUGCAUUCUGGUCAACAUUUUCGGAGGCAUCAUGCGAUGCGAUGUCAUUGCCGAGGGUAUCAUUUCCGCCACCAAGGACCUGAAUCUGAACAUGCCCGUGGUUGUGCGUCUCCAGGGCACCAAAGUCAAGGAAGCCCGCGAAUUGAUUCGCACAUCUGGACUGAAGAUUCUGGCACGCGACGAUCUGGACAAGGCUGCCGAUCUGGCCGUGCACUUGGCGCAAAUCGUGAAGUUGGCCCGCGAAAUGAAGAUGGAUGUGAACUUCGAGAUUCCCGAUGCCCAAAAUGGAAAGGGUGGAAAAGCAGAUUGCAAGAAAGACGAUAAGAAGGAUGAGAAGAAAGAUGAGAAGAAAGGGGAUAAGAAGGAUGACAAGAAAUCCGAUUGCACGAAGAAAGAGGCAAAGAAAAAAGAGGAAAAGAAAGACAUUUGCAAAAAGAAUGAAUCCUCUGACAAGAAGGAUAAGAAGUGAAGGCCGGCAUUCCAUUCAAGAACCAAGUGGGAUCUGCUCGAGAUUUUUCUAAAAAUUACACAAACAACCGGAAAGAAGCCAUUCCUAAAAAUCCAAAUCCUUUAUUGAACUCACCACAAUGAUUAAGCUGUCAGAGUUUAUAUAGACAUUUUACCGCCAUAAAUUUCCUAUUACGUUUUCGAAA